UGGCAAGCAUUUAUUAAGUGCCUACUGUCAGGUACCUUGGUAAUUAAGUAUAGAAAGUAUAAAGGAAAGCAAAAAUGGUCCCUGCCCUCAAGGAGCUUACAAUUAACUUAACAUGUAAAUAUACUUAAAGUUACAUAAAAUAAAUGUGAAUUAACUUCUUAAAGGUUAGAGAACUAGCUGUAGGAAAGACCUCAUGCAGAAGGUUGCCUUUGAAGGAAGCUAAGGAUUUUGAGGGGCAGAGGUAAGAAGAGAGUACAUUACAGGUAUGGAGAAAGUUCAGAGGCAUAGAGAGGGCUGUUAGAAUUUGAGAAACCGGCAAGAAUGCCAUUUCAUCUAGAUAUAGAUUGUAUGAAGGGAUUAAUAUGAGUUAAGGCUAGAAAGCUAAGCUAGAGUCAGUUAUCAAAGAUUUCAAAUAGAGGAGUUUGUAUUUGUGCAAAAACAAUAGGGAGAUGCUUAGAGUUUUUUUGAAUGGUAGAAUGAUAAGAUCAGACCUCUAUUUUAGGGAUAUGGCUUUGGCAGUUGUGUAGACAUGAACUGAAAAUGUGAGAAUUUAAGGCAGAGGAACCAAUCAGAAAGCUACAAUAAUCUAUGUGAGAUGUGAUGAAACUAUGAACUAUGGAGGUCACUGCGGGGAAAGGGAGAGGAUGAUGAAAAACACUUUGCCAAGAUAGAACUGACAAAAUUUUGGUUGCUGAAUGGCUGUAUAUAUUUGAGGAUUUAAGAAAGACUAAGUUGUGAAGGUGGUAUUGCCCUUGAUGCACAAUAGGGAAUUUUGUAAGUAAUGAAUUUUGAGAAGAUGACAAGUUCUGUUUUUAAUAUGUUGAAUUUCAGUUGCCUAGAAGAUGUCUAGCUUGAAAUAACCAAUAUAUAUUUUUAGUGAUUUAGGACUGGAACUCAGGAGAAAGACUAGAGUUGGAUAUAUAAAUCUGUGAGUCAUCUGAAUAGAGAUAGUAAUUGAAUCCAUGGCAACCAAUGAGGUCACUAAGAGAGUGUAUAGAGAGAAGAGUACUCAGAACAGAGGCUUCCCAAUACAUCCACAAUUAGGGGGUGGUAUAUGGAUGAUGAUCCAGCAAAGGAACAGUGAGACAGGUAGGAGGAGAGCCAAGAGAGAGCAGUAUCACAAAAAUUUAGAGAGGAGAGGGUAUCCAAGAAAAAAAAGUAGUCAACAGUGCCAAAUGCUCCAGAGAGGUCAUGAAAGAUGAGGACUGAAAAAAAGCCAUUGGUUUUGGCAAUUAAUUCUCCCCUUGGCCACAGUUGUGAAAGAGAGAGCAUAAAUUAAAGAGAAUAUAAUUCAAAAGAAGGAAGACCAAAUCAAGAUGUGUAGUUCUGUUGCUGCCAGAUUGUGGUUCUUGACAGAUCGUCGAAUCAGAGAAGACUAUCCACAGCAGGAGAUAUUACGAGCUCUAAAGGCCAAAUGUUGUGAGGAAGAGCUAGACUUCAGAGCUGUGGUGAUGGAUGAAGUUGUAUUAACAAUCGAGCAAGGGAAUUUGGGUCUCCGAAUCAAUGGGGAGUUGAUUACUGCCUAUCCUCAGGUGGUGGUAGUAAGGGUACCAACACCUUGGGUACAGAGUGAUAGUGAUAUCACUGUCUUACGUCACCUGGAAAAGAUGGGAUGCCGACUGAUGAACCGGCCUCAAGCUAUCCUGAAUUGUGUCAAUAAGUUCUGGACUUUCCAAGAGCUAGCUGGCCAUGGUGUUCCUCUUCCAGAUACCUUCUCUUAUGGUGGUCAUGAAAAUUUUGCUAAAAUGAUUGAUGAAGCAGAAGUAUUGGAAUUCCCAAUGGUCGUGAAGAAUACACGGGGUCAUAGAGGUAAAGCUGUUUUCCUGGCUCGAGAUAAGCAUCACUUGGCUGAUCUAAGCCAUCUUAUUCGUCAUGAAGCUCCAUACCUAUUCCAGAAGUAUGUAAAGGAAUCCCAUGGCCGGGAUGUACGUGUCAUUGUGGUGGGAGGCCGUGUAGUAGGCACUAUGCUGCGCUGUUCAACGGAUGGAAGAAUGCAAAGCAACUGCUCGCUAGGUGGUGUGGGAAUGAUGUGCUCGCUGAGUGAACAAGGAAAACAGCUUGCCAUUCAGGUGUCAAACAUCUUGGGGAUGGAUGUGUGUGGCAUUGACCUACUGAUGAAAGAUGACGGCUCGUUCUGCGUCUGCGAGGCCAAUGCAAAUGUAGGUUUCAUCGCCUUUGAUAAGGCUUGUAAUCUAGACGUAGCUGGUAUGAUAGCGGACUAUGCCACCUCCCUUCUGCCCCCUGGCCGGCUCACACGGCGCAUGUCCCUGCUCUCCGUGGUGUCCACGGCCAGCGAGACUAGUGAGCCAGAGCUGGGCCCCCCAGCCAGCACUGCUGUCGACAACAUGAGCGCAAGCUCCAGCUCUGUCGACAGCGACCCUGAAACCACGGAGAGGGAGCUACUCACCAAGCUCCCAGGGGGCCUGUUCAACAUGAACCAGCUGCUAGCCAAUGAAAUCAAACUCCUGGUGGAGUGACUCCACCUGUAAAUAAUUAACGAACAAAGCCCUUGUAAAUCUUUCUCUCUCUCUCUUUUUUUUUCCUUUUUUUCCUUCCUUUUUUGAAACCAACUUGCAAUGCUGUUUAUGAGAGAAGCUCAGGGAGCUGGAGGGGAAACUGAGCCAGGUUAGAUAAGAGAACAAAGAGAGAAAAGGAAAAACUUAUGUUUUUCAGUCACUGCUAUCCUCCAUUUUUUAAUACUGCAGAACCAUUAAAUGGAAUUUUACUACAUGAAUUAACAAGGCAGAAAAGUGGAUAAGGUCUAUAGUUCAAGUAGAUAAUUCUUUCACUGUUACUACUUUUAAAAUAAUCUUCAAAAUGAAUGUAUUUUAGGGCCAGAAAAAAGGGGAUGUAAAAUUCUUGCACGAUCCCUUAUAUUUUUUGCAUUUGGAAAGUCAGUAUUUUAUUGAAGAUCGUAAUUCCCCUCUCAAGAUCAUUUAUUAGAAACAGGUCAGAGAAAACAUCUAAAAUUAAAGAAACCUUUUAAUAUACAAAACUAAAUUUCUGCCAUUUCUGUAUCGAACUCUUAUGUCCAAAUGUCUUUACAAAUCUUCUAGAACCAUUUUAGCAUGGAUGCUUCACAUUUUAUGGCUGCAUUUUGUUUUUCAUAUUAGAUGGGAGGGGAAGAUAGAUGUGAUCUGUGAAAACAUUUCUUAAUGACAGAAGUAGCAUGUUUGCAUAAUGGAAGAUAGAUGAACAGCGUUGCAAUGUUUGGUGUACAAAGUAACAUUUAAUCGAAUGUGGAAAAACUUACACUAGUUUAAAAAUAUGUGCAUUGCCUUGUAUUUGUUAGUGUUUUAGUCUUUUGGAAGAUAUAUACUAUGUUAAUGUUGCAUUUUUUUAAUACAUGCUAGUCCAAUAUUCCCUGCUCUAUGCCUGCAUCUUUAACAAUGGCCAAAGUGAAGAAAACACUACCUUUUGUUAACAAGACACUGAAUUGAAGCCUGUGCAUCUUUAUUAUCCUUUUUUCCUUUCCUUUUUCCCCUUUGUUUUGUCUUUUCAGUGGUGGUUGGGCAUAUUAAGGUGAGGAUAGAGGAUAGAAAAACAAUUUAUAUUUGGGGAAAUUAGCUUUAAGCUCUUGAAUGCAUUUUGAUGCCAGUAUUUUGUAUUCUCAUUCAUAUUUUAGAAAGUGGGAGGGUGUGUGUGUGUGUGUGUGUGUGUGUGUGUGUGUGUGUGUGUGUGUUUGACAUGGGGGAGUGACUAGUGGGGUUUAUGAUUUUUUUUUACAUUGACUUUAAGUAAGAUAAAAGAACAGAUAAAGUCAAUGGGAUCUAAAGGGAAGUAUGUAGUUUUUGACUUCAAGGAACAGAACAUAAGUUGUUUUAAGAACUAGACUUCACCAAGGGGGUUGGGGGAAAGUAACUACUUGAAGCCACCAUGUGGAAUAGAUACUUCCCAGGUCUGUGUGUGUAUGUUAUUUUGUGUUAGUUUAUUUCUUUUAUUAGUUAUUAACUUUUCCGGAUAUGUUUAUUCAAGGCCUCAUGUUUCUUUGUUCACACUCUUGGCCAGGAAUUUUCCCUUCUACUCAUGGGGUUUGGGGGGGAAGGGUGGAGGGAAGAAGAAAAAUGAAGACAGCAGCAUUGGGUUAGUUAUAAUUGGGUCCAUUAUAACAUCAGCUUUCCCUAGUAUUUUUUUCCCUUGCCCACUAAAUCUGUAAAGCCCUGAAACUUAAAGAGGUGUCAGCACACAUAAACACACACAUACACAAACAACAACAACAAUAAUGAACUGGGAUAAAGGUAUCCCAAAGAGGUGUUGGAGUAUGUAUGAGAAAAAUGGAAAUGCUGCCAAUCUCCACAGGAUUCUUAAAAGAGCAAGUACCAUCUCCCCUACAACCCUCUACAGUUUUUCUUUGAGCCACUUCUUUGCUUCUCCAGUGCUGUUUACCUUCAUGUGGAUCUUAACCAUAAUUUCGUGGAUACUACUAGAGAGACUUCAUGGCAAUAAAAAGAAAGAUCAGUAUUAACCUGUUGUAACAGAGGUUUGAUCAUGCUUAUUUGUAUAGGAUUUUUUUUUUUCAUUUUAAGAAGGAAUGUAACAAAAAUGGAUUUUAAAUAGAAUUAAAUUAUAUUAAAAUUCAGUAGGUUAAUUGUUGAUAAAUAGAAUGGUAAAUGCCAGUAUCUGACUUCAUACUAGAAAGUACUAUAUUUAGGAGGAGUUUGUUAAACUUACAAUACUCUAAAUCACAUUCAAAUAAUUUGACUUAUAGGGAGAAUACUCAGUGUAUAUCUUCAUACACUUGUGAACCAUAAACAGAAAAUGAUCACAUAAUCAGAUGAUACUCUAAUUGAAUUCUGUUAUUUUGAUGGUUCCAGUACAUUGUUUGGUCAAGUUAAAAAAAAAAAAAUCAAGAAAGGAGGAAGUAUGUGCUUAGUUGCAUUUACCAGAAAUAUUUUCAUGUCAAGAACAUCUCUAUAUGACAGAUACACUUGGAGAGAGAGUGUGUGUGUGUGUGUGUCUGUGUGUGUGUGUGUGUGUCUGUGUGUGUUUGUACACACAGAUAUGUACAAGUAACAUUUUUUUUUCCCUUUGACAAUAAAGGGAAAGAACCAUAGGGUUUGUGGUAUUGGAAAGGGAGGGAAUAGGGGAAAUUAAUUUAAUGUCACUUGUACUUACACAUUCAUAGCAAGUCAUCCACAUGCCAAGUAAAACGGGAUAUCUGAAGUCAUUCCAUCACUAGUUUAUUCAUACUUUGAUAAAUUAUUUUUAUAAAAUCACACUGUUUUAAACUUUAGAUUCACCAACCUUGUUAUGGUUUGGAAGUUCACAUAUUAGAAUGAAAACAACAGUAAAACCUAGCUAUUUUUCCUCUAUUCCUUCAUUAAAUAGAGGUAAGAGAAAAGUUAAGUCUUCCUAAAAGAGCUAAGUGAGACUUUUGCAAGUAUUUAUGUUUAAGUUUCAAUUAAGUUUAUUUUUGUAUUUGUAAUACCUUUUGUAUAAACUUCAUUACUGUUUGGAGAGGUAGAAAUGUAUCUGUCAAUAUGUGUAACUAUAAUCAUGUCAAAGUUUGAAUUGUUUGUAUAGCUUUGUAGCUUGUCACACUUGUACUUUUUUAAUACUGUAUUUUUUUUAAAUUAUUUUCUGGAUCGUUUCUUCAUCUUGCACAUGAUGGAAGUUGGACUAUAUACAUGCACACAUACUAUGGACGAUUCCAUUUUAUUUUUUUCCCCAUUUAAAAAAAUUUUUUGAUAUUCACAAGCUGCUUAGUCAUUUCUGCUGGCUUUUCCUUCACCCAACUUUGAAAUCUUUGUGUGCAUGCUAUCUGCUCAAGAAACAGCUUUGGAACAUUUGAGUCUUUGGGGAAAAAAAUCCAGAGACAUGCUUUCAUCCAGCACUCCAUCAGACUUUGAGAAGGCAUCGUGUGAAAUCACUGACUUUCCAAAUCAACUCCCCUACUCUUCCCAGUGAAAAAAAAAAGGAAAAAAAAAGGGUAAACAAAGAGUUGUUUUACUCACUUAAGAGUAAAACCCCAGUUUUGGGCUAUGGGAGGGCUUAGGGAGACUGUAAAAUCAAAUCUCGUGUUACAUUAUUUUUUUCCUGGCUCACUCUUUUUGAGAAGGUUUAUGGGCUAUGUGGCUGGUGAGACACGAUCCCCUCCUCCCUAAGGAAAUGUAGGUGCUCAGACAGGUAACCUCUGCUGCUACUGUUUUUUAUUUUAUUUAAAAUUUGUUUUCAUUGUUCUAGGAUUUUAAGAAGUAAUAUAUUGCAGGAUUUAUAACCAGAUUCACUCCUUUUUCUUUCUUUCUUUUUAAAAAAUAAAUGUUUUAUUUAAAGUAUGUUAAGCGUCUUUGAAGCUUGGAUUUUGGAGUGUCUCAGUAGUAGACAAAAAUCUGCUGUUGGAAUCUCCUAGUCCUCUUCCAGAUUUGACUUGAAAUGCUUUUAAUUUUGUUUUGGGCUUUUUUGUGUGGUAUUUUAUUUCUUUUACCAAAGUCCUGUUGGUAUACUGUUUUUGGGGAGGGUGCCUAACUUUAGUGUUAAACUUUCUUAUAUUAAUGAAAACUUGGCUUUUUAUUUCUUUAAUGUUUUAUUUUUUUGUUUUUUGUUUUGUUUUUAAAGAAACAUUCUAACUGUUUCCACUGUUACUGUUCUUUGCCAGCCUUUUCCGGAGCCAAAAAAAAAAAAAAACCCAGAGAAAAAAAUUUCCUCCUUCCCCCUUCCUGAUGAUGAGUGAGAAGUUUUGAGAACUUUCGGGGUCAAUGCCUUUUUAAACUUCCCUUCCCCCAAUAAUGCAGCUCGUAUAAUGGUAAAUGCAGCAGCCUGGAUCCAUGCAGAGCCCCAGCCUGCUAGCAGCAGAGUAAUAAACUGGUAGGUGGCUGCAGUGGAAGAAGGACUUCUUCAGACUGGUGACCUGAAAAUUCCGCAGAGGGGGAAGUGGAACAUGAAAUAGAUGAUGGAAACAAAGGGGAAAGAGGAUGGAAGAGUAAUUAAGGCUCCUGGGAUUGACACACUGGGUGUUUUCUUUCAGGUUUUUUGAAGUAGAAAGUGAUCAUCCUCCCUUGUUUACUCUGUAAUUUUGGAAGAAAGAAAGAUUUUUUUGACCAGAUGAACUUCAGAUGGGACAAAACACAGAAGAAGCAACUGCCUCAACUAAUUUGACUAUAGUCAUAUUUUCAUAAUAAAAUGCUGUAAAAUGAGAA